ACAGCGCGUGUACAGUUCAAUAGCAGUCCACAGUUCAACAGCAGUCGCCUGACGAUUUAAACUUUCCACAAGAUACUUCGUACUACAAUCUGCGAUUAUUUCACCGCUAUCGGAACUGCCGGUCAUCAGUGAUGAUGGAUCUAUCGAUGUCGAAAUGUCACGCUUGCGAAGAAAAAUGCGCCUGUGGAAGAAACUCAUAAACACAUCCUGGGACACAUCGGCGUGUCUGUUUUCCAAGCGAUAGUCUGCGAGGACAGAUUCGGCAGAGAGAUACCUCAUCGCGGUGGCCUCCGCUCUCAUACGAUCGAGAAUUCCAGCCAAUCGUACUCGCUCCGCCAGUAGACAGUGAUAACGUACAAAUCCACGCCAAUGAACCGCUAGAUACCGAUCUUCAUCGCGAUUCAUUGCGUCGUCAUUCUAAGCGUGUAAUUCGUUUAAAGCUGUGCGCUGAGAGAGUUCGAUUUUUCACUGUCAGUGUCGUAUCGUCGUGAUUCCAUGAGCGAUCAACACUCAAUUUCAUCAUCAGUGCUACUGUAUCUGAAGAAUAGCGAGAAAUUCGAAAAACUCGGUUGCGAGGUCGAAAAUAUUGCGUGUUUGAAUCGAGGACUAUCACAUCCAACGAUUGAGAUUCAUUGAUACUGUGCAAAAUUACGUUGAAUCUCUGAGAGAACUCGGGAAAAUCCCGAAAUCCGAAACGCGUGCGACGUCACGGCGACCCGGAGCGUGAUAUCGCGCGCGCUCUUUCUCUCUCCCUCCGUUUCGCACGCGUGACGAGACGCACGUGUCGUCGACGUGCGUACACACAAGCGCUCGGGUACUUCAGCCUUGUUGUUUGUACAGAAGACAUUUCGAGUGUCAUCACAAGAAGCGGAACAGGUUCCCGUCGGGAGUCCCGCUCGACGCAGUUACACCGGAGCACCGGACUCCGAUCGCGUCCUCGAUUCCUCGAUCGCGACCGAAUGAUCAUCAUGGACGACAGGAUCGUGCGCGCAUCCACGUUCGAGACGAUCCAGCUGCACUUCUUGUCCUUCGUCUACGGCCUUUACUUGAUCGCCAAGAGGCUGCUCAAAUGGGCAUGGGAUCCCAAGAAGUUUUUCGUGCUGCGCCAACGGGACCGGCCGCCGACGUGUCUGAUCGACAGCAGCUUCGGCACGCAUUCCUACGUGAAAAUCAAGGGAGUUAAGUUUCAUUACGUAGAGGCGGGAUCCAAAGAUAAACCGCUGGUGUUGUUGUUGCACGGAUUCCCGGAUUGCUGGUUAUCCUGGCGCGAACAAAUCCAACGUCUCGCGGGACAUUACAGGGUAGUGGCUUUAGAUUUAAAGGGAUUCGGUGAUAGCGAUAAGCCGUCCAACAAGCGAUCUUACAAAGUGGACAUCAUAAUAGACGAAUUGAAGCAAUUCAUUUUGGCUCUCGGGGUGAAAACGUGUAGUAUAAUCGGCCAUGAUCUGGGAGGGCUUCUAGGGUGGUACAUGGCUGCUCUGCACAGGGAUCUCAUUUACAAAUUUAUCGCUAUUUCCAGCCCGCACCCUAAUCUCUAUUGGAACAGAGUGUCAGGAAACUUCACGUUGGAUGGGAAGUGGAUACAUUUUAGCAGAUUGCCAUUUCUACCGGAAAUAGACGCACUUAAGGAAGACUUAUCGAUCAUCAAUGAUACGUUUCAACAUCUUCAGAUAUCUCGAAACGAACCUGAGAAAAAUUACGUUGAAGCAUAUAAAUACACUUUCAGCAGAAAAGAGGACUGGACGGGACCGAUUAAUUAUUACCGCAAUUUCCCCUUCACAAGAUUGAAUAUAGAGGAACAGAUUGACAGCAAGACGCUGUUGAUAGUCGGAAAUAUGGAUCCCUCUAUUACGAUAGAAACUAUUAUCGAAAGUUCCGCGUACGUAGAGACGUCCAGUGUUAAAGUUAUACCAAAUGCGCAGCAUUUUCCGCAUCAGGAGAAACCAGACGCCGUAAAUAAUGCGAUCAUCAAAUUCUUGACAGGCACAACGAAUGUUGUGGAGAAGGCACCCUCUAAAAGUAUUGUGUCCUCUUGGUUAGGAUCUUUAAGUAGCACUGUUAAGUAUGGAAAUCAGAUGUUCGACGCUGUACAUAAGCGAACUAACGGCGUGGUGAGUGUAUUACCUAACAAAAAUAUUUUAUUCGGCUCCAACAACAAGUUAGGCGUUGUUAUUUAGUAUCAGCAUAUUAGAGUUUCUCAGACUUUACACCUCAUACCGAACAAUCUAGAUAUCCUACCUGCUAAUGCUGACGCACAAAAUUUGCGAAAGGCUAAUUUGAACCUAUACAUUAAUUUAUUUCCUUUUUAUACGAAUAUGUUAUCACAACAAGAGUUGCAAUGUUUUUUUUUAAUGAUGUAACAUUGUUACAUUCAUUCAUUGUUACAGUCAAGAUUUCUAUUCACUUUUGCGCAAACGCUAUCAUAUUGUCUUACUUCGAAUUUUUGUAUAUAUUCGAGUUGAGAUCUGUACACGUGUGAUGAAAUCAAAUUGUUAUCAUUGCAUAUAGCUAUUACUUGGAAGCACGAAUACUCUCGAAAUCUUAGUUGCGAUAUAAUACGAAGGUUCCGUUGUUUUAAUUUUUAGUGAAAUACUGAUACAUCUGAUAGAAUAAUCUAUUGUUAAUUAUGUGUGAUAUCUAUCUAUCUAUAUAUAUAUAAUAAGCUAAUAUCUCUCGUCUAUAUUAAUUUGUAAUUUACAAAGUAUCUUAAGAAAGAGUGUAUUACUAUGACAUAUAUAUAAAAUAUCUUAUUAUGUUAUAGUAAUACAUGUAGAAAUUGUACAUUAAUUGUGCGUAGACAUUGCAGCAACGAGUAAGUUCAAAUAUUUUGCUGCAUAUUCGAAUCUCAAAUAGACAUUAUGUAUGCCCAUUGCGAAUAUUGUUUUUGUAAUAAUUUCGAACUUUAAGAGGUAAUAUUGGUAAGUUAAUUUGCGGAAAUAUACAUUGUUAAUACAAUGUGAGUUAACCGCAAAUAUAUGUUGUAUUUGUAAAACUUUUCAAUAGUAUAAAAUUUUAAUAUUAUAACGAUAUAUAUAUACACAGUAACAUAGUAUAAAUUA